AGUAAAUUCAUAAUUUCCAUGACGGCGUAAACCUUCUGGUUCGCCCAGACGUCUAUCAAUGAAGGUCCAGUCACCUGUCUGAUUCACUAUCCCCUGCAACGGAAGAGGCCCUCGUCCAUGGCGGUUUAUCGUCUCUUCCUCUGCUUCCUCAUCUUCUCCUUCGCGCUCAAUCAAACCCUUUCAUACGAAGAAGAUGACUCGCCGAUCACGAGGUUUCAGCGUUAUUUGAGGUUCAAAACCGCUCACCCAAACCCUAACUACACCGCACCGGUCUCCUUCCUCGUUGAUCAGGCUCAGUCAAUCGGCCUUACUGCUCGGACAAUCGAGUUUGUCCCAGGUAAGCCAGUUCUUCUCCUUACGUGGCUCGGUUCGGACCCUAAGCUUCCGUCGAUUCUCUUCAACUCUCACCUCGACUCCGUUCCCGCCGAGGGCGAGAAAUGGAUCCACCCUCCGUUCUCGGCUCACCGAACCGACGAUGGUCGGAUAUUCGCGCGUGGCGCGCAGGACGACAAGUGCAUCGCCGUUCAGUAUCUGGAGGCAAUCCGGAAUUUGAAAUCUAAGGGAUAUUCUCCCGUCCGUACGGUCCAUAUCUCUUAUGUUCCAGAGGAGGAGAUCGGCGGGCUUGACGGGAUGGCGAAGUUCGCGGUGUCGCCGGAGUUCAGGGAGCUGAAUGUCGGAUUCGCCAUGGACGAAGGGCAGGCUAAUCCGGGAGAUGAAUUUAGGGUCUUCUACGCGGAUCGGACUCCAUGGAAACUCGUUAUCCGAGCUCAGGGACCUCCGGGACAUGGGUCAAAGCUGUACGAUAAUGGGGCCAUGGAGAAUCUGAUGAAGAGCAUCGAGUUGGUCACCAAGUUCAGGGAGACAGAGUUCGAUAAUGUGAAAGCUGGAAAAGCUGCAAAUUCGGAGGUUAUCUCUGUCAAUCCGGUAUAUCUGAAAGCUGGAAUUCCUUCUCCCACGGGAUUUGUAAUGAAUAUGCAACCUUCAGAAGCAGAAGCUGGGUUUGAUGUUAGAUUACCACCUCUGGCAGAUCCAGAUCUUAUGAAGAAAAGGAUUGCUGAAGAAUGGGCACCUUCUAUUAGGAACAUGACAUACAAGAUAGAAGAGCACGGACCGAUGAGAGACAUUUUGGGGCAUCCUAUAAUGACUCCAACAAAUGAUUCCAAUCCUUGGUGGUCUAUUUUCAAGCAAGCUGUUGAAGCAGUUGGAGGAAAACUUGCCAAGCCCGAAAUAUUGGCUUCCACUACAGAUGCACGCUAUCUCCGGCAGUGGGGAAUUCCGGUCCUGGGUUUCUCCCCCAUGUCAAAUACUCCCAUUCUGUUGCAUGACCAUAAUGAGUUCCUUAAAGACAGCGUGUUCAUGAAAGGGAUUGAAGUAUAUGAAUCGGUUAUCAGUGCUUUAAGUUCCUUUGAGGGACCAUCUAGGCAAGUGAACUGAAAGCUCGUAUCAAUGGGGACAAUCAUGAUCUGUUGCUGAUCUCGAUCAGUGUUUGCUUUGGUAUGAACUGAUGAAGCGUGGCUGGUCACCAUUUUUUUGUAUCUUUUCUGAUGUCUGUAAAUUGUUUCGUCGACUCUCUUACUUGGCCUUGUGGUAUUAGGUGGCAUUGAAUAAUGCUUUGUAAUUGUGGAUAUCUGACUUGUAUUAUUCUCAGAUAUCAGAUUCAAUAAGAAUUCACGGUUCAGAGUAUAACCUCUGAAAACCGAGUCUUUCUCUCCAUUUUGCUCAGAAUGUAUUGGAUUUUCAGCU